UUAAACUAACUCUGUAUAACACACAUGUUGAAAUCUUUACUACUUUUAGAAGUCCACGUUCAGUAUAGUAGAUUACCUGUUAAAGUAAAAAUAAACGAUUCAAUAAGUUGAAAAUGAAUUCUUAAUAACCCGUAUUAUGAUAAUGAGUUUAUCAAGGUUAUUGUUUGUGUUCUGUUCGACAAAAUUUAUACUCGGUUAUCAAUAAAAAGAUAGCAUUUAUUCAAAGACCAAUUUCACUUACUAGUUUCAGUUGUUUGUUGUUAACGUGCUUGUGAAAAAUGUCGUGGAAUAAAAAUUGUGUCAAGUUUUUAAGACGAAUAGGACAAUUCAGUUAUUUAAACAGAGAGAUUAGAGUGUUGAAUGGAUUAGUUAAUAAAAGAAAUCAUUUUGUUUAUGCGCCUGAUUCGACAACUUCCAUAAAAGGUGAAAAGCAAAAAAUGAACAUGUUCCAAUCAAUAAAUAAUGCGCUGGAUAUAGCUUUAAAGACAGAUGAUACAGCUUUAGUUUUUGGUGAAGAUAUAGGCUUUGGAGGAGUUUUCAGAUGUACACUCGGUCUACAAGAAAAGUACGGAAAACAUAGAGUAUUUAAUACUCCUCUUUGUGAACAGGGUAUAGCAGGUUUUGGUAUAGGUGCGGCAGUUAUGGGUUCCACGGCUAUAGCAGAAAUGCAGUUCGCUGAUUAUAUAUUUCCAGCAUUUGAUCAGAUAGUUAAUGAAGCUGCCAAAUACAGAUACAGAUCAGGAGGAUUGUUCGAUUGCGGAAAACUUACCAUUCGCGCUCCUUGUGGAGCAGUAGGACAUGGAGCUUUAUACCAUUCUCAGAGCCCAGAAGCUUAUUUUGCACACACACCUGGGUUAAAGAUAGUUAUUCCAAGAGGACCAAUAAAAGCUAAAGGACUUCUUCUCAGUUGCAUAAGAGAUCCAGACCCUUGUUUGAUAUUUGAACCAAAAAUUUUGUACAGAGCUGCUGUAGAGGAUGUACCUGUAGCUGAUUAUCAAUUACCGAUAGGGAAAGCAGAUAUCAUAUUAGAAGGAAACGAUGUUACUCUCAUUGGAUGGGGAACACAAGUUCAUGUUCUAAGAGAAGUGGCUGAAAUGGCAAAAAAACAGCUGAAGGUUUCUUGUGAGGUUAUUGAUCUAGUCUCCAUUUUGCCGUGGGAUAUGGAAACCGUAUUUAAGUCUGUAAAAAAAACCAAACGAGUUCUGGUAUCUCAUGAAGCACCUCUAACAGGAGGAUUUGGAGCCGAAUUAGCAGCAGCAAUUCAGGAGGAGUGUUUCUUGCAUCUUGAAGCACCUAUACAACGAGUUACGGGUUACGAUACGCCGUUCCCACACGUUUUUGAACCUUUUUAUAUACCAGACAAAUGGAGAUGUUUUGACUGUGUUAAGAAACUGAUAAAUUAUUGAAAUAAAUAUUUAUAAUUAGAAUAUACUUUAAACUUUAAGUCCAGUUUUUAUUAGAGGUCGAAUUGUCUGAUAUAAAAUAAUGUUACUACGCUUACGGCAUUACGACAUAUCUUUAUUGCAAAAUUAAUCUCAUCAUUGAUACUUAUCACCAUUUGGAGUACACUGUAUGAGGCCGGUAAUGGUUAAUAGAAUGCGAUCUAACAAUUCUGGGGGGUGAAUUAGAUACAAAAUUAUUUUCCUUGCAGAAAAGUCUACUCAAUGCGUUUCACUAGAAGGUGAUUCUACCAUUUUUUUCGGAAAUCAAUUGGAGAAGAAUUGAAAAACUCCUUUAAUGAGAUCUGUUCAGCGUGGAAGGUAAUUUUGAGCACAUUUAUUUCCUUAUCUAAUUCACUUAUUCAGAUACAUAGACACUAAAAUGAGGUGGUGUUCUAUUUUUCUAUCAUAAUUCAAAACUUCAAAUAAAUCAGGAAGAGAAUUUUGGAAAAACUCUUCGCCAGCUAGCCAGAUUUGUGGCGUCCAAUCAAACAAUGAUCAAUAAUGACGACUCAAACAUAAAGGUUUUCAUCUUAAUAUUCAUGAUAAUUAUGCAUAUUUUUAAUACCCCUACGAAAAACACAAGCCUCAUCACUAAAAAAAGUUUACCUUUCAAAGUGAAUAAGCUUAUAUACAGAAAUUCACUCGCUGAACGAAGUAACGAGGUAACACUUAUUGCAGUGUUUGGGGAUGAUAUAGAUGGUGUAAUUUACAUCUAAAAGUUCUCUGUACAGAUAAUCUUGAUAUGCCACUUUGACGAGAUAAAGUUCUAGUGCUAAUUUGCCGCCAUCUGACACACUCAUUUAAACAAAACGUUAUCGUUUAACACUAAAAAACUUCCCUGUUCGUCGAGCCCGUCUUUUAACAUAAGAAAGUGUUCCUCUGUGAGGAACCAUACGAUUAGGAAACUUCCUCCGAUAUUUUCUCACGCUUCUUCUAUAGUUUUUCAUUCGUUUGAAAAAAAUAAACAAUCUAAGUAAUAGAAGAACUAUCAAUUUUGGUGUAUGAAUUCAUAACCAACUCUUGACUUUUUUGUAACUUUUUAAAUAACAUUAUUUAUUGGAAACGUGUUUGUUUGUUUCUGGCGAAAUUCGUACGAAAUUUUAUUCGCAGUGCGUAUUAAAGUCACUCCGAUGACGGAAUAUAAAUCGCGCAAAAAAAAUUCGCGAAUUAUUUUAUAAACCCUGUACUUUAUAGGCUCAUUAUUACAUGUUAAGGACCAUGUUUAAUAUUAACAAAACUGUAAACAUCUGAAGUCAUCCAAAACUUAGAGAAAGAGAAAUACUUUAUUUUCAAAAAAUUGUUACAAUUCGUAGACAGAAGCUUGUAAAAACUACUAAAUAAAGAUAAAACAAAUGAAAUAAAA